AUGGCGCACUGGUUGACCGUGGUCAUUGCGCUCACUUGCCUGGGUGGCCUGACGUCCCCGGCCCCGAGUACCGUGUCUCCAUCAGACAUCUACAAGGAGCUCAUUACUGAACUGAUAAGAAUCACCGACAGCCAGGCGGCCCUGUGCAACGGCAGCAUGGUGUGGGGCGUCAACUUGACCCGUGGUGGCAAGUACUGCGCAGCCCUGGAAUCCCUGAACGCCGUCUCCAACUGCAGCGCCCUCAGAAAUACGCGGAAGCUGCUCUAUGGACUCUGCUCUCACAAUUUCAAAACCGGGAUCUCCAGGACGCUCGCCCGAGACACCAAAAUUGAAGUGAUCCAGUUCGCGCGCCACCUGCUCACCCACUUCCGGAAAAUGUUCAGCGGCCGGGGCUGAGACGCCGCUGGGGUCCCCGCCCCGCUCUGCAGAGGAGAC